GGGAUCUUUAAUCCUCUGCCGCAGCAGCACAGCCGGUAACCAGAGGAGGGGGCAGAACGGUCGGACAGGAAUGGACCGUACAGGCUAGGCUAGUGUACAAGGCCUAAAAAGCUCGGUCUUUAGUCAGAUGAUAAUAUCACCGAGUGAAACAGAGAUUAGGCAUCGAGCGAGCUGACUAUUUGCACAGGCCAGACCCCCUCCUCUCAGCGCUGUAGUCUGCAGCCUUUUCACACACACUCUUUGAAUAGACCUCAUUUAGGAACGCUGGUUAAAUAUAUUCUCGUCGGCAUUUCUUGCCUUAUUUAAACGUCGAAUUUAGUAUUUUACAUCGGCGGACGGAUACUACGCCUCGUCCUACCGGUUUUCCUCCCUCUUUUCGCCUUUCAGCAGCGUCGCCUCGUCCCUGCUGUUUCUGUCAGUUGCUGCGCAUCAGUAAAACAUGCAGGAUGACCCUGUGGGGGUGACAACCACACAGUUACCCCCGUCAACCACGGAAACGGACCGCAGCAGCAGCCCGGUCAGCAAACCCGGAAAGCAGCCGAACCAAACCGACAGGCACAACGACGGCCAGCUGAGCUCGUUCACGCCGGAUUAUAACCACGUAGAGCAGAAGAUAGCUUUCCCUGAUCAUUUCUGCCCGACGCAGUCUAUCUGUGACCUUCAGCACAGCAGAAAAAUACAUCAGCAGUUAGGUCAGCACACUGAGUUCAGCCCCACAGAGCCGACCCCACCCCAGGGACGUUUCAGUCACCUGCCGCAGAGGCAGCCCUUCUCCAAGACCAAACUCAGCGCCGCUGACCCCCGCGGCUCUCCAGUGGAAGAGGCUGAAGCUGAUGCCGCGUCGCCAUUGCCCACUUCCGUAAACCUAAACAAGAUCCAAAUGGACUCCCCUAUCGCCCACCAUAUAAAUAACGGCAAUGGCAGCAGCAGCAGCACCGGCAACAUGUUGUCCGGAGGUCUCGGCGCCGCGUUCCCGAACCUCCCCACCCAGGAGUUGCAGAGCGCCAGUGCGGGUUCGUCUUCACCUUCCCUCCCUGGGUUCGGCACCCCUUGGUCCGUUCAGACCAGCUCCUCUCCCCCGCCCGCACCCAACUCCAUCAACCCCAUCCACGCGAACGCCAUUAACCAUAUGCCCAACGCGGACUCUGACAACAGCUUCUACCCAGGUAUCCCCUCCUCCAUCAACCCGGCCUUCUUCCAGAGUUUUUCUCCGGUGUCAGCUAAUCCGUGCGCCGGGAUUAACGUGCAGGGCUUCAGCGGUCCUUUCUCACCCCAGAUAAACGUCCCUCAGCAGCCGCAAAGUCGCAGGUCCCCCGUUAGUCCCCAGAUGCAUCCCCAGCAGGGCGCCUUCCUGCAGCAGAGGAACAACUACAACCAACAUCAGCCCAUGGUGAAACCAUCUCCCUGGGGUAGUCACCAAGGCAAUGGCUGGGGCUCCGGGGGGAUGUCCUGGGGCCGGGACCACCGCAGAGGGAGCGGCAUGGGUGUACCUGGCUCAGUCAGUCACGUCUCACCCCUGAAGAAGCCCUUCUCAAGCAAUGUCAUCGCUCCUCCCAAGUUCCCACGCUCUGGCGGAUCACUGGGGCCUAAGUCCUGGAUAGAGGAGAACAUGUUUCGCACAGACAGCAACAGCAACACCUUGUUGCCCCUGCAGGAUCGCACCAGGAUGUACGACAGUCUGAACAUGCACUCCCUGGAGAGCUCUCUGAUUGACAUCAUGCGAGCUGAGCAGGAUCCGAUGAAAGGCCGUGUGGGAUGCCCUAACCCCGGGGCUGACGGCCUACUCAUGCUCAAUGCCAGGAGCUAUGGGAGGCGUCGAGGCCGCUCCUCUCUCUUCCCUAUUGAUGACAAUCUCCUUGAUGAUGGCCAUGGCAACCAGGGUGUCCCAGGAGUCCUUGGCUCUCCCAACUGUUACCCUCACCAAAACGGGGAACGCAUCGAGCGCUUCUCUCGUAAGGUGUUUGUGGGAGGUUUGCCUCCUGACAUAGACGAAGAUGAAAUAACCUCAAGCUUCCGCCGCUUUGGUCACCUUGUGGUGGACUGGCCACACAAAGCAGAGAGUAAAUCCUACUUUCCGCCUAAAGGCUAUGCAUUCCUGCUGUUCCAGGAAGAGAGCUCGGUGCAGGCUCUGAUUGAAGCCUGUAUGGAGGAGGAUGGGAAGCUUUACCUGUGUGUCUCCAGCCCCACCAUCAAGGACAAACCUGUGCAAAUUCGUCCUUGGAACCUGAGCGACAGCGAUUUUGUGAUGGAUGGAUCUCAGCCUCUUGAUCCCCGCAAGACCAUCUUUGUGGGCGGCGUCCCUCGUCCUCUGAGAGCAAUCGAGUUGGCCAUGAUUAUGGAUCGCCUCUAUGGUGGAGUGUGCUACGCAGGAAUUGAUACAGAUCCAGAGCUCAAAUACCCAAAGGGGGCAGGACGAGUGGCUUUCUCAAACCAACAGAGUUACAUCGCUGCCAUCAGCGCGAGAUUCGUCCAGCUGCAGCAUGCUGACAUUGAUAAGAGGGUGGAGGUGAAGCCCUACGUCCUGGAUGAUCAGCUCUGUGAUGAGUGCCAGGGUGCUCGUUGUGGAGGGAAAUUUGCUCCUUUUUUCUGUGCUAACGUCACCUGUCUUCAGUACUACUGCGAGUUCUGCUGGGCUAACAUCCACUCCCGUGCCGGACGGGAGUUUCACAAGCCUCUGGUUAAAGAAGGCGCCGACCGCCCUCGCCAGAUUCACUUCCGCUGGAAUUAGAGAUUGCGACCCCCAAUUUCAUGGUAACACAGUUAGGAGAAAGGGAAAUUAAACACUGGCUAACAGGAAAAAGAGCAUCGCUCAGCCUCUCCUGCUUCCUAAGCUAUCAGUAUAAUCAAGUACAUAACACUAUACAGUAUAUACUAUAUAUCUAUAUAUCUUUUGUAGCAGCCAAACACCACAAGCCUCAGUUUUUCACCAAAACCCCCCGCACAUCUCAGGCUCUGACAACUCUACAACUCUUUUGUGGUACUUUCAUCUUUUCUAAGAGGAGAUUUAAAAAACAAAAAAAGAGAUUGAUUUUUGUAGCUUUUUUUAUUAUCAUUAUUUUUGUAUGUGAGAUUUAACGUAGAUACGGGAAUGUUUUUGCAUGGGGGCAGCUUGUCUGUCUGUCUGCUGCUAGCCACCCCACGGUGCGUUCAGUGCACACUUGUUUCUGGGAAAACCUCGAUUCUAUAAUGUUGACGCCUGCCCCGGGUCAUUAACCAAAGGUAGAAAAAAAUAUAGGAAGCUUAAAAUUGACACAUUUUCUGCCACAAAGCAAACCGUUGUUUGUUUGUUUUUAACUUUGCCAUGGGCUCUUUCUUCUUGUUAGAGAGUUUAUUGAAAUGUAAAAAAAAGAAGACACUAGGGUUAUUUUUGCGCUCAUACUGACCCGUAGAGUGAUACCUCAAAAUACAAAAUCUGCUUUUCUGCAACUGUAUUCAACAUUUAUACUGACCGAGCUAUUUCAGAAGCUUUGCUGCUAUAUAUACAUAUAUAUGAAUAGAUGUGUAGGUAUUAUAUUUAAUGCCAUUUAUAAACCUGAAUCAUGUAAAACGAAAUGCAGUAUGCACUCGAACACUUCUGGCCCCCAUUGCCAUAGAAAGAUUUAAGAGUGCAUAUAAUGACAAUAGGCUUAGCUACACAAAUAGCAUGCUGGAUAUAUGUCAGGAAAAAACAAACCACUGAAAUAAUAAAUGCAGACAAGACGUAACAAUUCUAUAAUGAGUAGCAUGAUCAUCAAGUACAAAUGCCUAAGAGGGGAAAAAAAAAUCUGACUAAGAUAAAUGAGUUAAAAAAACAUAUUUAAACUUGCAUGCUUUGAUGUUUCUCUGUUGUUUGAUCUGUUUACAUACUAACAAUACAAAAAGUGAUAUUGGUUCUACUGUAGACUUAGUGGAUGCCAUCACGUUGUCACGUGGUGGCUUGUAUAGCAAAAAAAAAAAACAACAAAAAAAUGCCAUUGAGAAGCAGAGUGGUGUUCAGUGGUUUGUGUUUGUGUGUCGUCCAUGUGCUGUGUGACUGUUGUUAGUGUAGACUGAGGCUCUAGUUUAGCUAUCAACAGAUUUCGUAGAGAAGAAUGACUCCACCUUCACUCUUCCUAUCCAUAUCUUUGUGUGGUUCCAAAGGCUAAUCUGGUGUAGCUUCACCAGCAGACCAGACGCAAAUGAAAGACUUUGUCAGUUUGGCGUGCUCCGUGUUAUUGAGCAUUGUUCAAACACACUAAACUGCUUAUUUUGUAAUGUAACAGUCAGGCUUCCAUGCUGUGUGGCUGCAGCUCCAUAAAUCCAAGGAAACACUGACGCAGUUACCGGAAGAUGAAGCAUCUCCACAUCUCCUCACCACACUUGUCCACGAUGAAGACAGUGACGCGUGGUCUUCGCUAAAGAUGAUCUUUUUCUUUUUAUUGUUUGUUUAAUUUCCUCCUCGACCCUUGAAAAACUCUUUAGGGACAAUCUUUUUUGUGAGGACGGUCGCCCAGCCGUCUGUUUGGUACUGUACAAGUGUGUCGCUCUCGUGUUGUCGUGGUUUUAGUGUCUCAUGCCCCUGUGUGUGUGCUCCUCGGUAUCAGUGUUCAGGCGUCAACUGUGUACUGUUACAAAACCUUAAUGGAACUGAGACUAGUUGAGUUGUGUAAUUGAAAUUGUUUGUGUGAACAAUUUACUCAUCACUGGCCCUUCAAUAUGUUGUUUUGUUUUGUUUUUUUUAAUAUAUAAUAUACAUUAUGCACUACUUUUCUGUAUCCCUGCUCGUUUUCCGUCUCCUUCACCCCUUGUGUUUAGAAGCGAAUUAUGAAAGUUUUCACCUAUUUAUAGGUAGAAUUUAUCAUAUUUUUUCCCCAUAAUGACUUAUUUAAAGUGUAGCGUGGAGCAGUGGUCUUAAGUUAGCUAUGUUUUGUGUGAGUAGAGCAAAAAGCAAAUGUUUUCUAAUAUAUUCUAAAAUGGUCCGGGUGUUACGAGGAGCGGGAGUCGGAAAGGCGUCGCGGCCUGCAACCUGAUGGGAGGUGAAAGCUAAAGACUGGGCUCCCGCUCUGGCCCCUCUUCCUCCUCGUGGCUUUGGUUCUCAUGGCGUCUGAUAAUGUUUGAAUAUCGUCACCUGUAACACUUGACUCGUGCUGUUUUUGUGAGCUUCUAUUUUCUAUGUUAAACACUGUUACUUGGUUCUGUAUGUGUCCUUGCUUUUGUAAAAAUCAUAUUUAUUUCACUAUUUUUGUAGACGAAAAAAUGAGUUGAUUUUGAUUGUAUUUUUCUAUUUAAAUAGGACUGAUAUUUCGAUUUUAUUUACCCCUAAUUAUGUCCAAAAGUUUUGGUUGACAAAGAAUCACAUCAUUAGUAACAUCAAAGUUUUUGAUAUACAGCUGAUUCUUAUUUUGAUACACAUGACACGUUUGAUUUAAUGGAAGGAAACAUGAAGGUUUUAUUAUAUUCUGGGAAGACACUUGAGAUUCUCCCCUGUUGCAUCGAGGCCCCAGCUGCCUGUCCUCGUAGAUGCUCUGAAACUUGAAUAUAACACAUUUUGAAAGGCUGACUAACCUCGAAUCUGUGUUGUGAUGUGCAAUACUGUUUCUAAUGUUUGUAUAAAAGUAAGAACUACAGUGUAAACCUUUUUAAUGCAGAUUUAUUUUUUUCAUUGCAUAUUUUGCAAAUUUCUGAUCCACAGUGUCAUUUUUUACUGUCAGAAAAAGAUACCCCGUUUUUUCAUUGCAAGUAUUUUUAAAUCCAGAUAUCUUUGUACUGAUGUAAAUGAUUGUAGUUAUUUUGGAUAGUGUUUUGCUAACAAAAGGAGAGACUUUUUCAUGCAUAUUUCUAUUUCUUUUCAUCUUGUUUUUUCUCACAUUUUCUUUUAUUUGAUAGUAGCAGGUUCUUGGAAUAAUUUUUCAUAUUUAAAUGUCAUUGGUAUUAUUUUGUAUUUUUAUGUGAAAAACACUAUAUAUAAUUUAAAGAUGCUAAUUGCUAAAAUAUUAUUUUGAGUUUAAUUAUUUUUAAAGCUAAAUAUUUGUAAUUUUAUUGUUAAAGUGACUAAUUUCUAAAUCAGAGUUUGUGUGUAUAGCUUCACAAAAGUCGUUUAUGAGAUGUUUGGAUUGUAAUUAUUACUGAAUGGUUCUUUGAUAUGCAAAAUGAAUAUCAUGUUUAUUUUUAUUUUUGUUUUUGUAUUUAAAUGGGGUGUUGAUUACAAUCUCUUUUUCUUUCUUUCACUUCCUGAAUAAAGACCCAUUCUGUUUGGA